CGCAAGGCAAGCAUGGUGUCCCGGAGGUUCAACCCGGUCGAGCAGUGCGCCUGCGAGGGCCGGUCGCGCCAGGCCGUCGCGGCCGACCUCGACGGCACGCUGCUCCUGUCCCGCAGCGCGUUCCCGUACUACCUCCUCAUCGCGCUCGAGGCCGGGGGCCCCCUCCGCGCCGCGGCGGUCCUACUGUCCGUGCCGCUCGUGUACCUCACCUACGUCGCCGUGUCCGAGCCCCUGGCCGUGCGCGCGCUCCUCUACGUCGCCGUGGCGGGGCUCAGGGCGGCGGACGUCGAGGCGGCGGCGCGGUCCGUGCUCCCCAGGUUCUACGCCGGCGACGUCCACCCGGAGGGGUGGCGCGUGUUCCGCUCGUUCGGCCGAAGGUGCGUCGUCACGGCGAGCCCGAGGGUGAUGGUGGAGCCGUUCGCCAAGGCGUUCCUUGGCGCGGACGUGGUCAUCGGGACGGAGCUGGAGGUGGGCGAGGACGGGAGGGCCACGGGGUUCGUCGCUGAGCCCGGGGUGCUCGUAGGCGAGCACAAGAGGCGGGCGGUGGAGAGGGAGUUCGGCGACGCGGUGCCGGACGUCGGCAUGGGGGACCGCGAGAGCGACUUCAACUUCAUGUCCGUCUGCAAAGAAGCGUACAUCGUGACACGGCAGAAGUACCGCGCCGUGCCCAGGGAGCAGCUGCGGAGCCGCGCCGUCCUCCACGACGGCCGCCUCGCCCGCCGCCCGACGGCGACCAGCACGCUGCUCACCUUCCUGUGGGUGCCGCUCGGCUUCGCGCUCGCGCUGCUGCGCGCGCGCCUCCACCUGCUCCUCCCGCCGCGCGCCGCCUCCUACGCCUGCAAGCUCACGGGCGUCAAGCUGGUGGUGCGCGGCCACCCGCCGCCACCGCCCAGAAAGGGACGCCCGGGGGUCCUCUUCGUGUGCAACCACCGCACAGCGCUCGACCCCGUCGCGGUCGCCGUCGCGCUGGGCCGCACGGUGAGCUGCUUCAUGGACAGCGCCCCCAGGUUCCCGGGGCUCGUCUCGCUGGUCAGGGCCGCCGUCGCGCCGUCUGGCCGGGUGCGCGAGGCGGACGCCGCCCGUGUCCGGCGGCUGCUCGAGUUCGGGGACGUCGUCAUCUUCCCCGAGGGCGCCACCUGCCGCGAGCCGUUCCUGCUGCGGUUCGGCGCGCUCUUCGCCGAGCUCACCGACCGCGUCGUGCCCGUGGCCAUCAACGCCAGGGAGAGCAUGUUCCACGGCUCCACUGCGCGCGGGGACAGGAGCAUGGAUCCCUACUUCUUCUUCAUGAACCCGCGGCCGACGUACGAGGUCACGUUCCUGAAUCAGCUUCCGAGGGAGCUCACCUGCGGCGGAGGGCGGUCGCCGGUCGAGGUGGCCAACUACGUCCAGAAGGUCCUGGCCGCGCAGCUCGGGUUCGAGUGCACUAGCAUCACCCCGGGAAGGACGAGUACGGGGUGGUCGACGGCUCUGACGGCCGCGCCCCGCGCGCAGCGUUGAAGGGAACGAGGAGAGCUAGUGAAGACAGAACAUCGAACCAACUGUUAACCUUUUAUUUUAUUUUGAAAUAUUGUUAUCUUCAACGGAUACGUGCAAUGAUACGACGACUAGUUACACGUGCUAUGAAUAGAU